UCUGUUGACUCCCCAGCCGCCGUCGGUUCCCUGUCUUGCUUCGACUUCUCUGGAGCACAAGUCCGUGCGCUCCUGUUAAAGCCAUCACCUCCCGCCCGCGGGCAUGCACCCAGCUGAAUGAUUCUUCAAAGAAACUGUUUGCAUCUGUUUUAAGCUUGUCUCCUUGGGAACCUGCAAGUCUUAGAGCCCACUGGCUUGAAGGCAGAUGCCUUUCAUGGAGGCGGCAGGAAGAGCCUGACAUCCAGGCAGGGCCAAAGAAGGAAAACCACUCAACAGGAGAGCUGGGGGGACGAGACACCAGACAGACCCACAGAGCCACUUUCACCCUCUCCUGCAGCUGGAGGGAGACCGCUGGGGCCUCGCCGUCUCUCCGGAUGGGUUGCUUGUGGAGGAAGACCUUGUCUUUCUUCCUCGUUUUUGUGCCUAUAUAUCUACAUGGGGCUUCAUCGCAGGCAGCCGCCCCAGUGGGGCCCAGGAAACCGUUUCUCGAGAGGCUCCGUAGACUGGAGGAACAGUUCCGGAGAUUCCAGGAGGUGACCUGGACACACCUGCAGAGCAUCGCCAGCAACUACAACGUGUCCUACGAUGUUGACGCCCGGUUCCGGAGCCUGGCGGAAGAGAGCCGGGCUGUGGCUCAGGCAGUCAACCGGUCACAGGCCUCGGUGCAGGGGGAGCUGGCGCAGCUCAAGGCCUGGGUGAGGAAGACGCAGCGCCGAAGCCGGAAAGUAGACACGCGGCUGCGGACCUUGGACCUCGCCCUGGGCGAGAGGAGCCAGCAGCGGGCCCAGGAGAGGAAGGCGCAGAAGGCCCAGAGGGAUGUCCUGCGGGACUCACUGGCACGCCUGGAGGGCCUCAUCCACAGCCAGGGCGCCAGGCUGGCUGCUCUGGAGGGGCGGCUGCCCGUGGCCCACCCUGGCACUGCAGCCCUCGGGCCGACCCUGGUCCCAACCCCAACCCAGCCUGAGGAGCUGGGCCCGAGCUCCCUGACGCUUCAGAGGGACAGGCAGGAGCUGCGAGCUGCAUCUGAGCACAGGGGCCCCCCGCAGGACUCCUCAGCCCCUCUCCAUGGGAGGCAGGAGCCCCCAGCCUCAGGCAGCCAUCGGGUACUCAGUGGGACGGCCACAGCCCCAAGAGACCCUCGGCAGCAGGCAUGGUCCCCCCAGGGACCAGGAGAGAUUUGCGGCGUGGGCCCCACCCUCGUUUUCCCAAACGCCUCCACCAAGAACGUGGUCUUCCUCAGCCCUGGCUUCGUCACUGCCCUGCGAGCCCUGUCCUUCUGCAGCUGGGUCCGCACGGCCUCCGGCCACCUGGGCACCCUCCUGUCCUACGCCACCGAGGACAAUGACAACAAGCUGGUGCUGCACGGCCGAGACUCCCUGCUGCCUGGAUCCAUCCACUUCGUGAUCGGGGACCCGGCCUUCAGGGAGCUGCCCUUGCAGCCGCUGCUGGACGGCCAGUGGCACCACAUCUGUGUCAUCUGGACGUCCACCCAGGGCAGGUACUGGCUCCACGUGGAUCGCAGGCUGGUGGCCACAGGCUCCCGCUUCAGGGAGGGCUAUGAGAUCCCCCCCGGAGGGUCCCUCGUGCUGGGUCAGGAACAAGACAGCGUGGGGGGCGGAUUUGACAGCUCCGAGGCCUUCGUGGGGAGCAUGUCUGGCUUGGCUAUCUGGGAUCGGGUGCUGGUUCCCGGGGAAGUUGCAAACCUUGCCAUCAGGAAAGAAUUCCCGACAGGUGCCAUCCUGACGCUGGCCAAUGCUGCACUGGUAGGCGGAUUCGUGCAGAGGGCCAAGUGCACCUGCCUGGAACGCUGUCCCUGAGGCUGAGCCGCACAGGGGUUGAGGCCAGCAAGAGGGGCAUGCCCCCAUCCACAUUCUGCCACCGCCCCCUGCCAGCACAUUCUACAAAGGCCACCCCCACCCGUCCUGGCUGUGCACACCUGUGCCCUCACAUAGGGGUGCCUGUUCUAUCUUAGGGGGUGGGGAGGUGGACAGGGAUUGAGCAGGGACAGAGAGAGCCUGGGGUCAAGGUGGCCCACAAGCCCUUGUUUCUUCCGUCACCAUGGCGUUCUUACUUCCUGCACUUUCUUCCUUAUCUUUUUUUUUUUUUUUUUUUUUUUUUUUUUUUUUUGAGACAGCGUCUCACUCUGUCUCCCAGGAUGGAGGGCAAUGGCAUGAUCUUGGCUCACUGCAACCUCCGCCUCCCAGAUUCAAGCAAUUCUCAUGCCUCAGCCUCCUGAGUGUCUGGGAUUACAGGCGCACGCCACCACGCCUGGCCCCUUCCUCCCUCCCUCCCUUCUUCCUUUCCUUUCCCGUUCCCUCCCUCCCUCCCUCCAUUCCUUCCUUCCUUCUUCCUCUUUCGCUCUCUCUUCUCUCUUUAUCUCUCUCUCUUUCUUCCUGAUAGAGUCUUACGCUGUCGCCCAGGCUGGAGUACAGUGGCACAAUCAUAGCGCACUGCAGCCUCAACCUCCCGGGCUCAGCUGAUCCUCCCACAUCAGCCUCCUGAGUAGCUGGGACUAUAAGCACACACUACCGCGCCUGGCUGAAAAUUUUUUAUUUCUUUUUUCUUUUCUUUUUUUUUUUUUUUAAGAUGCGGUCUUGCUCUGUUGCCCAGGCUGGAAUGCAGUAGUGCAAUCUCAGCUCACUGCAACCUCCACCUUUUGGGAUAAAGCGAUUCUCCUGCCUUAGCCUCCCAAGUAGCUGGGACUAUAGAUGUGCACCACCAUGCCCAGCUCUAAUGUUUGUAUUUUUA